AGCCACAUCUAGUUUUAGUCCGCUGAAUAUAUUCAGACAACAGCUUUCACUCUUCUUCAUUCAUUGGACGUCCUCAAUCCUAAGUCCUUGAUCAUCCUAGACAUCAAGGUUACGUCUGAACUUUGCUUCUUUGUUUAUUUCCAAGAAUCAUGAUGGUUCAUUUAGCUUAAGAAGACUACAGAGGAGGCCUGUUUCUUUGCUGUUGAUAUUGGCUUUUUUCUCUGGAAGCUAGCAAAGAAGAACAUUUUGUUACAUGGCAUUCAGAGGGCGAGGACGUGGUGGAUUUCGUGCUGCUAAGCAAGAAAAUUUUGAUCUCUUUCUGGAAAUUGAGGAACUAGGAACUGCAGAAAGUGUGAAAGUUGAUCCAUCCUUCGCCGUGUGGUUUAGUAAAUUUCAGAGAUACUGGAACUCUUCUCCUUAUUAUGUUGAAGAUGAAAGUGGAGGUGCAAAGAAAAGUCAAAGAAUCGAAAUAGAAAAGCAUGCAGACAGGAAGUCUAAAAAAGCAAGUUCAAAGCAGCCACUCUCCCACUUCAUAAGAAUGGAGCCUGAUUAUGUUCCUGCUGAACUAGCUAAAGAUGAGAAGAAGGAGAAGCAUGGUAUCAAAAGAGUGAGAUGGAACCCUAAAGCAGACAUGCAGAAGUUGGAUGUCUUUGAAAAGCUUGAGCAGAAGCAUCAGGUACAAGAAUUAAAUGGGAAGGAGGAUGAAGAGGAGGAAGGAGAUGAAAACCUUGAAGAGGAUGAAGAGGAGUAUAGUGAUGAUGGUGAUUAUAAUCAGAACAUUGAUUUUGAUGAUGAUGAAGACGACUUUAACAUGGGUGACGAUAAUGAUGAUGAACCAGAACUUUAGAUGAUGUAUUCGUAAACGUGCUAUCUGGACUCCUUUAGUUGGCACCAACAAAGAAACAUCCUUUUACCAUUUUGCAUAAAGCCAGAAUCAGAGGCUCUUGGAGAUUCACAAAAUGGAUUUUACUCUGUCAAGAUUCGACGUUUCCAUUUUGUGGUGGUGACAGUUUAUACCAUAGAAGAUAAUGGUUUUCUUGUGGUUGCAAGUUCUGGGAACGGGGAGUGACAGCUGGAGCUUUGCUUCAUUUUUUUUUUUACCUUUUUUUGGUGUUAUAGCAUAAAAUUGCAUGUUGAAAUCGAAAGUUGUAAUAAUCGGUAACGAAAGAGAAUUUUAAACCUCUACAUGGGUGUAAGUCAAGGGAUUUGAUUCCUUGGCUUACAUUCUAAUAUCCAGACUUUUCUGCAACACCCGUCUAGAUAGGUGGUGAUUCACUGGAUUCCCCACCUCUUUAGGUGUUUCCUUUCCCUUAGUGUGGAGUAAGAAUAGUUAUAGUAUAAAAUCUAUUGUAUCGAUGAAGAAAAUAAUAGAAAAUUGUAAUGUGAAGGCAUGAACUAUUUAUCUCUUAAAUA